AUUAAUUUUUAUUUUAACAUAAUUUAUUUACAAUUAUCUUUUCUUUCAUAAGCUUGCUCACGAAAAAAAAACAGAGUCUAGACCAUAUUAAUACCUAUAGGUAGUAAUCACUAUUAGAAAUGUUAUAAUCGUUCAAUUUCAACUGAUAUGACAAAAUUAGCCUUUAUUAUUAGUUAAGUGAAAAAGUUUAAUAAAUAUAUUUUGAUACUAUAUAUUUUUUGAUUGAGUCUUUAUUUGAUAUUUUAUUAUGUCAGUAUUAGAACCCAAACCGCAAAUUUAUUUCUAUAAACACAGUUUACGAUGUAAAAUUUCUUGAAAUGCAGCCAAAAGAAUAAGCACACAAUCUUCCUAAAAUAACUCCCGGACAGUUUAGUUUCACGCUAACGCUUUAGCACAUUGCUGAUAUACCGGUUGUAAUAAGUUUUUACUUCUAUUAUUAUGAGUGCUGACGCCGCAACUUUACCUUGCCCUAUAUGUUUGCACUUAGGAGUUUUUGAUAAUGCACAAUCUCUUAAAGAUCGACUUAUCUUCGUAUCAACUAACAAGAUUUUGUGUCCCGUUUGUCAAGAGGAAGUUUCUGGCUUAGAUAAACUAACCAUACAUUUAUUUAGUCAUGUGAAGCCUUUACCAACACCUGAACACUCUGAAAAAAGAAUAUCGAUUCCACCUAAGAAUAAGGAAACGACGUCAGAGCAGCAAAGGAAAACGAAAUCCAUAUCCAAAAAUAAAACAACUACAGUGACGACACCAAUGAAGUAUGUUAAAAUUUAUCCAAAGCUACCAGUUUUAGCUUUAAAUACUGUGCCAAUUGUGGAAAUAUCCGAAGGUACAAAUAUUAAUGUUCAUAGCAAGAACUCACUUUACAUACCAGCUGUUAAAACGGAAGGAACGUUAGUGCAAACAAAUAAUAAGUGUAAUAUAUGUGGACUGCAGUUUGUGGAUACUGAUAUUCUGCGGAUGCACAAAUGUUUAAUUCACAACAUUGAUGAUACUUCACAUAUUACGUUUACUCGCUAUAAUUGUCAUUUGUGUACUAAACAUUUUAAAAUGCGAGGAUCUUUGAUGGUUCAUUUACGAGUAGCACAUUAUGGAUUUCUCUCUAAUAAUAACUCAGCGCACAAUAAUAACAAAGACAGAAAAGAAGUAAACGAAAGCACAUUUUUAGAGAAUAAAUCUUCAGAGAUAGACCGAAAUGAUGGUAAACAAUGGCAAUGCGAUGUGUGUCGAAAAUGUUUUACAACAAAAUAUUUCCUCAAGAAACAUAAACGACUUCAUACAGGAGAAACUCCUUAUGCGUGUACUCAAUGCAAUAAAACGUUUACGUUUCAACAGUCUUAUCAUAAACACCUUUUGUACCACAAUGAUGAAAAACCUCAUACUUGUAAUUUUUGUGGUCGAGCAUUUAAGGAGCUCUCGACUUUGCAUAACCAUCAACGGAUUCACACAGGCGAAAAACCUUUUGCGUGUGAAACAUGUGGUAAAUGUUUUAGGCAAAGGGUAUCUUAUCUCGUUCAUCGACGCAUACACACCGGUGCUAUGCCAUAUAAAUGUACUGCAUGUAAUAAAAGUUUCAGAUACAAAGUAUCCCAGAGAACGCAUAAAUGCUUAGUUCAACCACCAGGUACUGUGGUUCGAAAAGUGGGAGAACUAGUAGAAAAAUUAAAAAAGAAACAGGGAACAGAAAAUAUUACUAAAAGCCAUAAUAUCGAGAAUAAUACAACACACGAAACUACCAAUUAUGAGGUUUCAGAAGUAAACGCAGAGUUAGUUCGAAGUGGAGCGAAAUUGUCAUUAGAAGAUAUGGAAUCCGAAAAUUUUACUAUAAUUUCAGAAAACUUUAAUGAAAAUGGUAUGGUAUGCGCUAGUUAUCCAACAUCGACAGUCGACACCGCAUCGGAUGAGAAAAAUACGGAUGAAUUGAGACCGAUCAUAGAUGAUCUUAUUGAUACAGUCCCCGUUAACGAUAAAAGUAUUCCGUCACCUUCAGACAUUUUAAAAAAUUUAUGUCUAUCUAACGAGGAAGAAUUUGAUAUAAAUAAAGAUUUAAAUGAUUUUUUAAAUAGUUAAAAUAAACUAAUUAAAAAGGUAAAUUAUGAUUCUACGAACAAAUGCGUAAAAAUUUGACGUAAGAUUUUAAGUAUAGAAACCAAGAAGCUUAUAGUGUUUUGUAUAAGCUUCUUGAUAGAAACCUAAAUACUUGCGCUUAAUUCUGUGUCACUAUACAAAAAACUACUAAAUACUAACUAUACUGAAGCACUUCCAUUACAUUAAAUUUAUUACUACUACAAAAUAAGCUACUAAAAUUGCUAUUGAUAAAAUCUUUGGUUAUUAAUAUAAGUAUUUUUCAAACUCGUGACAAAAUUACGUAUAUAAAAAUAAUUGUUAUAAAAUGUUA